UCUCUAUCUCCAUCAUCACCUCUAUCACCUCGAUCAUCUCCAUCACCACCUCCAUCACUUCCAUUAUCUCCAUCACCUCCGUCACCUCCAUCAUCUCUCCAACCAGACCACUGUGCCAUGAGCACCGUGAGUGCAGAGGACCCCGGGGACUCAGAGACGCUCAUCGCUGAGCUAAGGACAGAACCAGGAGCUGGCGAAGCCGGGACCAGAGCCCCGUCUCCAGGCGUCCUUCCACGGGCUGCUGACGUGGCCAGCACGUUGCAGGUGUUGCCGCCCCGAGAGCACCAGCACUGG